CUCUGCUAAGAGCGCAUGCGUAAGGCCAGGAAUUCGGCUUUUCUCAGUCACUUCCUGAUUCUUCCUGGUUUCUUGCUGACUUUAGCAGCCGCUCCAAGGUGUUCCUGGAGACUGGACGCUGCCGACAGGCGCCGUGCACGAGUGUACGGAGAGCGAGAGCCCAGGCACCCGACCGGUGAGAUCCAUGCUGCGGAGACGUGGCUGCUGCGCUGGAGCCCGUGGCAGCCGUGGGCCUCCCCUUCCCGGCGGGAGCUGGAGGAGCAGGACCCAGGAGGCAUGCAGGAGGGGCUGAGGCCGCAGAAGUCCCUCGUGUCGUCCAGACCGGAACCAGUCCAGCACCAAGUGCUCUGGGGGCAGCACAUGAUGCAGGCCAUGCAGCCCCCUUGCGAGGCCGAGCUGCCCUCCGCAACCCCACAGCUGGCAGCGCGGGAUGAGCUCCCCACCCCAGAGCCCUGGCGCCAGCUCUUCCGUGGCCUGCACUACCGGGAAGCCGAGGGCCCAGGGAAGAUUUGCAGCCGCCUGCGGGAGCUGUGCCGGCGCUGGCUGGAGCCCCAGCGCCGCAGCAAGGAGCAGAUGCUGGAGCUGGUGGUGCUGGAGCAGUUCCUGGCCAUCCUGCCCCCGGAGAUGCGGAGCUGGGUGUGCGGGUGCCGCGUGGAGACGUGUGCCCAGGCCGUGGCCCUGGCCGAGGGGUUUCAGCUGGGGCAGGCAGAGGAUGAGAAGCUCCAGGUCACUGUGCGUGUGAAGGUCGAGGAGGGAUUCUCAGACCAGAUGCAGCCCCCGGGGGCCCUGCCGGAGCCUGGUGAUUCCUGGGGGCAGCAGCCAAAUGCCCAUGGUGAGGACAGGCCUCUGGAGGAGGCAGGAGAUCUGAAAACCCCAGAGCCCGAGGUCGAGCUGCCUCAUGUCCCGAAAGAGGAGACCCCGCCCAACCCGGAGCCAGGUGCCGGGACCCUGAGCAGAGCAGAUCAGCAGCCUCCAGGGGAAGAGCCUGUAAAGCUGGAGCUGCAGAGACCCUCCCCAGGGAGACGGGGACAGAGCGGCUCCCUGACGCCUGGGCCAGGCCAGUUGCAGGAGGGGCAGGGCAGGCCGGCGAAUCAGGGGCAGAGCAUGGAGCUCCGGGAGGUGUUUGAGGACGUGGCAGUGUAUUUCACACGGGAGGAGUGGGAGCUGCUGGAAGAGGAGGACAAGGGGCUUUACCGGGACCAGAUGCUGAGGAACCACCAAACCCUCGUUUCCCUGGCAGGAUAUCGAGGUCCCACACCUGACUUGAUCUGCCGCAUCCAGCGAGAACAGAUCGAGCUCUGGGUCUGUAAUGAUGUGUACUGUGGGGAAAUCUUGAGGCCGGAGGACCUGCUGCCAGGACAUGCCUGGUUGCUGAGCAGAACUGAGGAGCAGGCUCGUGAGGAAGGGCCUGGAAAGCUGAAGCCACCAUGGGCUUCCCUGGGGAGUAUGGGUGAGGUGGAUUCCCUGAGCCCAGCGAAGGACCAAUGGCACAAGGGCCAGGGGAUGCCCCAAAAGCAGGAAAAUGUAGCAGUGAAGCAGGGCCCAUCUCCAGUUGGGCAUUGGGAUGAAGAAGGGAAAGAAGCCAGAAACAGCUCGAGGUGCAGGGAAGAAUUUACAGUGCUGAGACACCUGAAGAGACAGAAAGCAAAGGUCCACUGGAGAGAGACACUGCAUGCAAACCAGGGCAGUGUGGAGGAGCUGGUAGCGAGGCAGGAGCUCACUGCCAAGCCCAGGGGGAGAGUCCACUCCUGCCCUCAGUGCAGGAAAAGCUUUAGCUGCCCCUCUCGCCUGGCUGUGCACAAUAUAAAACAUGCUAGGAAGAAGCCCCACGUAUGUGCCACGUGUGGGAAGAGCUUCACCCGCCUCUCGACCCUGGCUGCUCACCACCAGAUCCAUUCUGGACAGCUCCCCCACCGCUUCACCAAAAGGAGGAAGAACUUUGUUUGCAGCUCGGAGCUGCUCAAAAAACAUGUGCACAGGAAGAAGCAUCAGUACCGCUGCAUAACAUGUGGUAAGACCUUUACCCAUUUCUUCUCCCUGGUUCAGCACCGUUGGAUGCACUUGGGGAAGAAGACGCACCACUGCAAUGAGUGCAGGAAGAACUUCAUCAGCUGGCAAGAGUUGUCCCAACACCGGUGUGUGCAGAAGAGGCAGCAGCCACACUGCUACACAAAGUGUGGGAUGAGCUUCAGGCAGCCCUACAGUUUGGCCAGGCACAGGUGCAUGCACACACGGGAGAAGUCGCAUCAUUGUUCUGUGUGUGGGAAGAGCUUUGCUCAAUCCUCCACCCUUAUCCUGCACCAGCGCAUCCACACAGGGGAGAAGCCACAUCGCUGUUCUGUGUGUGGGAAGAGCUUUGCUCAAUCCUCCACCCUUACUCUGCACCAGCGCAUCCACACAGGGGAGAAGCCAUAUCAAUGCUCUGAGUGUGGGAGGAGCUUUGCCCAAUCCUCUAACUUGACCAAGCACCAGCGCCUCCACACAGGAGAGAAGCCACAUCGUUGUUCUGAGUGUGGGAAGGGCUUCACCCUGUCCUCCCACCUGACUGUGCACCAGCGCAUCCACAAUGGGGAGAAGCCACAUCAGUGCUCUGUGUGUCUGAAGAGCUUCACCUACAUGUCCAGGCUGACCCAGCACCAGCGCAUGCACACAGGGGAGAAGCCACAUCAGUGCUCUGUGUGUGGGAAGAGCUUCACCCAUUCCUCCAACCUGGCAGAGCACCAGCGCAUCCACACAGGGGUGAAGCCACAUCAGUGCUCUGCAUGUGGGAAGAGCUUCACCCACUACUCCAGCCUGACCCGGCACCAGCACAUCCACACAGGGGAGAAGCCAUAUCAGUGCUCUGUCUGUGGGAAGAGCUUCACCAAAUGCUCCAACCUCGCCAAGCACCAGCGCAUCCACACUGGGGAGAAGCCACAUCAGUGCUCUGUGUGUGGGAGGAGCUUCACCCAAUCCUCUCACCUGACCAGGCACCAGCUCAUCCACACACGGGAGAAGCCACAUCAGUGCUCUGUGUGUCUGAAGAGCUUCACCUACAUCUCCAGCCUGAACCGGCACCAGCGCAUCCAUACAGGGGAGAAGCCAUAUCACUGCUCUGUGUGUGAGAAGGGCUUCACCCAAUACUCCCACCUAGCUGCGCACCAGCACAUCCACACAGGGGAGAAGCAACAUAAAUGCUCUGUGUGUCAGAAGAGCUUCACCUGCACCUCCAGCCUGACACUGCACCAGCGCAUCCACACAGGGGAGAAGCAACAUAAAUGCUCUGUGUGUCAGAAGAGCUUCACCUGCACCUCCAGCCUGACACAGCACCAGCGCAUCCACACAGGGGAGAAGCCACAUCAGUGCUCUGUCUGUGGGAAGAGCUUCACCAACCGCUCCAGUCUGACACAGCACCAGCGCAUCCACACAGGGGAGAAGCCACAUCAGUGCUCUGUGUGUCUGAAGAGCUUCACCCAAUCCUCCUACCUAGCUGUACACCAGCGCAUCCACACAGGGGAGAAGCCAUAUCACUGCUCUGUGUGUGAGAAGAGCUUCACCAACCGCUCCAGUCUGACACAGCACCAGCACAUCCACACAGGAGAGAAGCCACAUCAGUGCUCUGUGUGUCUGAAGAGCUUCACCUACAUCUCCAAGCUGACCCAGCACCAGCACAUCCACACAGGGGAGAAGCCACAUAGCUGUUCUGAGUGUGGGAAGAGCUUCAGCCGAUCCUCCCACCUGACCCGGCAUCAGCUGAUCCACACAAGGGAGAAGCCACAUUAGUGCUCUGCAUGUGGAAAGAGCUCCACACUGUCCUCCAGGUGGGCCUAGCCCCAGCAUGUCUGCACAGGGGACAAGCCACAUCAGUGCUCUGUGUGUGGGAAGAGCUUCCCCCACUCUUCCCAUAUGGCCCAGCACCAGCUUAUCCACAAAAGGGAGAAGCCAGAUCAGUGCUAUAAAUGUGGGAAGAGCUUCACCCACUCCUCCAAGCUGGCCCAGCAGCAGUGCAUCCACAAAGGGGAGAAGCCACAUCAUUGCUCUUAGUGUAGGCAGAGCUUCACCUACUCCGGCAGUCUGUGCUGAGCACCAGUGCAUCUACACAGGGGAGAAGCUACAUCGGUUCUCUGAGUAUUGGAAAAGUUUCCCCCAUCUCUCCCACCUGUCCCAGUAUCAGCACAUCCACACCCAGAAGCAUCUCUAUUUCUGCCAGCCGUGCAGGAAGCCCUGGGAGAUGUCUGCCUGCUCAGCACCCACCAGUGGUGCAUUCAGACAAGCACCCCCAUGCUGGUAACCUGAACAAAGAGUUCCCCCAGGCUUUGUCCCUUGUAGGGCACAGUGGGAGUCCAGAACCCAGAGGCUCACCCACAAGUUAUGAUUGUGGGGAAGGGGUAAGAAGAAACACCUCAGGCAGAGAUCAGCCCCAAACGAAGGGGAGAUGAGAUUUUUUUUUUUUUGUAAAAAUAUAUUUCUCUCUCUAUAUAUGGUUAUAUACAUCUAAACCGAUCCUGUUACAGAAAAAAAAAAAACCCUGCACCCUUGCACCCACACUCCUGUGCACCUGCGCACCUGUACAAAGGCCCGCUGGCCACCCGUACCCAUUACAAUGUCUGAAGCCAUGCGCAAAACACACAAAAUGCACCCAGUCCUUUCUGGUCUCUCCAACCAGCCCUCCCCUCACACCUACUCAUGCCCUGUUUCUGGGGUCAGGUACUCUGCUCAACUGGUCUCUUCUUCAUUGUCACUCCAGCUUCCACUGGAGGACCCGCUGCUGCUGCUGUUGUCACUGUGGCUGUCCUCCAUACCACUCGUCUGGUCCUCUUCUCCGCUGCCGUCGCUCUCUUCUUUUGUUGGUGGGGGUUGUAUGGUCCUGAGCCACGUGUCCCUGUGCCAGAUAGUGUUUGCUGCGUCUUCUCCAUGUGAUGAGGAGAUGAUCUUUGUAUCAGGCUUGGAGCCUAUGCAUUCCCCAUCAUGAAUUAAAAGCAGAUAGUAGUCCCAGGGGAAGAAGUGUCUUAAUGGUAGGGUGCCCUCCCCCAGACCGCUGUCUUCAAAUGGCACCCAGGGACUUUCCUUGGCUGCCUCCCAGCUUUCUCCUUCCUCCUGGUCCAGGGCUUCUGGCAUACGAGCCCCUGAGUUGCAGGGAGGAGUGCAUUUAUGGCUGAGGAAGCAUUCCCUACCCUCAUCCCUGACCUUGCCUUUCCUCACCACCACAUCAGCCCUCUCCCAGAGCUGCCCAUGCCCAGUGGGGUCUGCCAGGAGCUGCUACUGCCACCCUAUUAGCGUUUUUUACUGUUUUGCUUUUCAGCCUCUGCAGACCUGUGCAGCACUUGGUACCUGCUCUUUGUUAGACCCUGCCUCUAUGCGAUUCCCAACAAGUAGGGAGAAAAUGGAUCGAUGCACGCAUUGCUCGUCAACAGUUUUAUUCAAAGUGGAGACAUCUUUGGGCCAGCUUCAUCAAAUUGGGGAGCUGCAGUGAACAUUAGUUCUUUUCAUAUUUAUAUACCUUGGUUUUUACUCAUUAACAUUUACCCCACCUUUGUCCCUCCUUUGCUCCACUCUUAGUUCUUCCCAUCUUAAGCUCCGCCUUUGUUUACGGCUUACUUUAUUAGCAUGCAGUUGCCUUUGCAUGUCACUCAUUUACAUGUCUUUUUGCUAUGAGCGCAUGCCUAAACCCCUGACCUCUGCUUCUGUCCGUCACUGGAAGUUUCUUGCUGAUGUCUUCACCAUCUCCAAGGUCUUGCUUGUGCUUUAUCUCCUCAUGAUAGCUAGAGGUCUACAUCUUGUUUCUUGUACACAAUGAACUAUAUCUCUUACAACAGUACUCUAUUGUUAGGAAAAUGUUUGCCUAAGUGUCUUGCAGUGUUACUUUUAACAUACCAUUCUGCCUUCUGGUCAGCAGCUCUGCUAAGCCACAGGUUAUUGCUUUUUAUUCAGCUGCAAAUCCAGUGCUCCCCAAGAUCCAAAUACUGUCACCCCGACACUCUUACCUGCCUGCCCUCCCUCCCUCCCUUUCUUGCAUUCUCUCAUGACAUCCCUGGUAACAAAGCUCCUGAACUGAACAUGGUACCUUGUGGUUGGUGUCUGUGUCCCCUGCAGAGUUGUGCCGUGGGAACUGUCAACCCUUUCCAGGGCAGAUCUCUCUCUCACUUCCCAGACCAUUGUCUUUCAGAAGAUUCACUGUUGUGCAGAGCUUGUUGCUAAGCCUCAGGGGCAGGACUUGGUCCCACUCAGGGCUUCACUCCCCUGUCCCGCUGUGCAGCCAGGACCCUGCCGUGUUGAAUGAACCCUGGGCAGGAGGUAGUAGAGUCCCUUACAUGAGUGCAGUGGGGUAGGAGGGGUGAAGGAGGUGCAGCUGGUGGCAGGUCCUCCCUCCGCUCUGGAAAGGUGAGGAAAGUAUAAAAACAUUCUCCUGGUGAAAUGCAGCACAUUGUAAUUGCCCACUUAGAGUACUGAGGCCUUCCUUAAAGUGCCACAGCCAUUUGAUUCUAUAAUAAUCCUUGGGACAUCUACUGCUGCACAGAUGCUCAAAUCCCCCCCGUAUCCUUCAGGUAACUGCCCCCUGGCAGGUAGUCUGGCCCUACCACUGCUUCCCCGAGGGAGGGGAGACCUCCCUCCCUGGGAGUCCCUGAGCUGUUCCUGUGUGCAGAAGGCAGGGGAGCACGUUCACACACAGGUAGCUGGGCUGCACACAUGGGCUCCUGCUGAGAUAGCUGCCUGUGGCUCCUCUGAAGGCAGGCAGCAGGCAAGGCAGGCAUGAGCCAGGGACCCCAGGACCAGAUGCUGUGGGCAGAGGUCAGAGACAAGAGCCCACAUAGCCGAGCCUUUGCACUAGAGGAAAUUGCAGGACUCUGUUCUCCUGGGACAGAAGCAGGACAUGAGACCACUGUGCCAGGCCUGGCUAUGAGUAAAGGCAGCAGUGGGGAGCAAAGCCCUUGGCAGAGGGUCUGGGGUGGGACGUGGGGAGGCUGCCGAAGGGCCUGGUGUUGCUGCCACUGCCCACGAGUGCCCUUGCCAGCUCCCCUGGAUGGAGAGAGCAGGAGGGUGCUGAGGGCUGCAGGGCACAGGGAGACUGGAGGGCAAGAGGAGUGGUGCAGUGACUAAGGGAAGCCCUCCCCACCUUUGCCCCAUGGAUGGCAGAUCCCUUCUUAGAGCUAUAUCCCAGCUGUUUUCUCCUCUGUGCUCUCCCUCCUUGAGUCCUUCGUGACCUGCUCUGUCCUCUGGAACAUCGUCUCUAUGGCAGUGGUUCCCAAACUUUGGUACACAUACCAGCAGUGCUAUGCAGACAAAAUGUCAGUGGUACACGUGCCCUGCCUGGAGCUUUCACCCAUGAGGGUGAGAGUGAGGUUCCCACAUGUACACACAGGCCAAACAUCUAUUUCACCUCGCUCCCACCCUUGUGGGUGGAAGGGCGUGGCCCUGCCAGCACAGCUUCCAGGUGGGGGCCCCAGGCACCUGCUCUGCUUCCCAGGCUCCUGCUGGUCCAGGAAGCUGGAACAGAUGCAGCAGGGGCUGUCUCUGAGUGGGACAGCAGCGCAUGGGGCUGUGACUGGUGACAGCGCGGAGCCUGCACCCGGGGGGCAUCAGCAGCAGGAAGCUCUGCUGGGCAGUGUCUGGGUUUAAGGGAGGGCGGGGGUGUAGGGACCCCCCACAAUGCCCUCAUGACGCGCAGCCCUGGUAGGCAGUGGCAGCAGCAGCAGGCAGUUGCCCUCAGGGCACUCAUGCCUGUCACAGGUGCACUACCUGCAUUGCACAUGCAGCAAGGAGCACAGCUUCUGUCGGGCCAUCUCUUUUGCCAGUGCUCCCCACUCACACGUGCAGUUCUUGCACGCACCAGGCAUGCGGGGAUGGGGAGGGAGAAGCUGCAGGCACUGGAGCUGGCUGCCUUCCCGCUGGGGCUGCGCAGCACAGGAGGGAAGCCCCAGUUGUCUUCUCCUGAGGAGUGGGGAAGGCAGCUGGUUUCAGCAUGUGGGGCUUCCUUGUCAUUGCCAGUGAGUGCGGGCGAUACAGACUGCCCAACGGAAGAUGUGCCCUUUGCUGGGAUGUGCAGUGUUGGCCAUACCCCUCUGGUGCUUGUGCUGUGAGUGCCCUGAGCACCGCUGUCUCCUUCUGCACCAUGGGGGAGGUGCAGGGGUGCACACAUCCCCCCCACACUCCACAGACUCCACACACCCACACCCUGUCCCCACAAUCCCCAUAUAUACACAACCCCUCAACAUUCCCUAUUCUUACCCACCCACAGCAACAACACCUCACAAACCUCCCUUACACCCUACUAUACACACUCUCACCCCCCCCACACACACCCCCUUUAAUGUGGUGAUAUGGUUGUCUCAUUUUAAGUUUUUGGUGUGCAAUCUGCUAGAGUUUGGGAACCACUGCUCUUCAGGCUUCCUUGCUCCUUCCUUGGCCAGUGUGAGGGGUGCCUGGUUGUGAACAAUUCAUUGCAGUCUCAACUGUGUUUGUGCCCAGAGGGGAAUCCCAGCAGCACUCAGUCCUGGAGCUCAGGGGACAGGACACCUUGGGGAAGGGAAUAGGCGAGGUGUGCUACCAUUGAACUGCCCUGCCACAGGCUUCAGACUGUUGCUGGGCAGAAAAUGCCAACAACCUCUAUCCAGUGUGUUGAAUUUUGCAAAUGCCUUUUAAGAUUGUGAAUUUUCUCUAAAAAUAGUCUGACAGAAAUUUGAAAAGGGAAAACUCCUGGUAGUAAAAAUGGUUUCAUAUUUCCAAAAAAAGAGGGUCUUUGCUUUCAAGCCAAAAAUGCCAACACCAUUAACAGGCAGACAAGGUUCCUUGGGUGAAUCUGAUAUCUUUCAUUAGACCACCCCAAAUAGUUGGAAAAUAAUUAUUAAGCAAGCUUUUGGGUUCAAAACCCCUUUGACAGGCUAAGGAAGUUUCAGCAGUCGGUGUGUGCUCUUCCUCAAUGGAGUGAAAAGUAAAGAAGCCAGCGGCUGGGCUGGAUUGGAUUUAUGACAGAUUAUAACCUGUUUGAUAUCUGACUCCCCAGGUAUCUCUCCACUUUCAUCCCCCUUCUCUCUCCCCCUCCCUUACCCACACCCCGUCUCUCACCCAUUGACUCCUCAAUCUACAUUUUCACUGACUACUUGUCUUGUAUGCAUACCAGCCCAGCCGCUGGCUUCUUUACUGACAGAUGGAGGCAGGCUGGGGCCAGUCACAGGGCUCAAGUGCCUAUACACUAAUGCUAGGAGCAUGGGGAACAAGCAGGAUGAACUAUCACUCUCUCACUGGGAUUGUAGAGAGGCAGCAGCAGGGCGCCAGACGUCCAUGCGUAGACCCUGAGAUGGUGCAGAGUCACUUGGAGGAACUGGAAGCGUUUAAUUCGGCAGGCCCGGAUGAGCUCCAUGCGAGGGUGCUGAAGGCAUUGGCCGACCUCAUUGCACAGCCACUGGAGGGAAUAUUUGAACACUCGUGGUGCACGGGCCAGGUCCCGGAGGACUGGAAGAGGGCCAAUGUGGUCCCCAUUUUGAAGGAGGGGAGGAAGGAGGACCCGGGCAACUAUAGGCCAGUCAGUCUCACCUCCAUCCUUGGCAAAGUCUUUGAAAAAAUUAUCAAGGCUCACAUUUACGAGAGCCCGGCAGGACAAAUUAUGCUGAGGGGAAUCCAGCACGGGUUCAUAGGAGGUAGAUCAUGCCUGACUAAUCUAGUCUUUUUUUAUGACCAGGUUAUGAAAUGCUUGGACACAGGAGGAGGGGUUGACGUCGUAUCCCACCCCAUACUGGUAAACAAGUUAAGAGGCUGUGACUUGGAUGACUACACAGUCUGGUGGGUGGCGAAUUGGCUAGAGGGUCGCACCCAGGGAGUCGUAGUGGAUGGGUCGGUAUCGACCUGGAAGGGUGUGGGUAGUGGGGUCCCGCAGGGCUCGGUCCUUGGACCGAUACUCUUUAAUGUCUUCAUCAGCGAGUUGGAUGAGGGAGUGAAGUGUACUCUGUCCAAGUUUGCGGAUGACACAGAGGUUCCCACACCCCCACCCUCUCUUAAACCCAGAUACUGCCUAGCCAAGCUCCCUGAUGCCAAUGCCUCACUAAGUUCAGGCUCCGCGCUGCCACUAGUCCCAGCCCCAUGCUCUGUGGUCCCACUCAGGUGCAGCCCCUGCUGCUUCCCUACCUGCUUCCUGGAGCCAUCAGGAGAUCAAGAAGCAGAUCAGGGCCCCCACCUGGAAGCUAUGCUGGUAGGCCUGGGCCCUUCCACCCACAAGGGUGGGAGCAAGGAGCAAUAGGUGACAUUUGGGCUGUAUGUACGUGUGGGCACCUUGCUCGCAGCUUCAUGGGUCGAAGGUCUGAGUUGGGUACAUGUACCACUGACAGGUUCUCUGCAUACUACUGCUGGUACGUGUACCAAAUUUGGGAACCACUGCCAUAGAGAUGAUGUCCCAGAGAACAGAGGGGGUCAUGAAGGAGUCAAGCAGGGAAUGCACAGAGCAGAAAACAGCUGAGACGUACCUCCGAGAAGAGAUGUGCCAUCCAUGGGAUGAAGGAGGAGAGGGCUCCCUUAGAUACUGCACCACUCCUUUUAUUCACCAGUCUCCCUGUGACGUGCAGCCCAUAGCACCCUCCUUCUCUCUCCAUCUCUCCUGAGAGUCAGCAACAAGCUCUGCGUAACAAUGAAUCCUCUGAAAGAGAAGGGUCUGGGAAGUCACAGAGAGAUCUUCCCUGGAAAGUGUUGAGGGUUCCCACUGCAGAGCUCUGGAGAGGACACAGACACCAACCACAAGGUAUCAUGUUCAGUUCAGGGGCCUUACUACCAGGGAAUGCAUGAGAAUGCAAGGAAGGGAGGGAGGGCAGGGAAGAGCAGGUGCCCAAUUCUGUACAUUUCUGCAGAGGCUGAAAUGUAAAACAGGGCAAAAAGGCUCAGGGGGUGGCACUAGAAGCUCUUUGCUGACCUCAAUGGGCAUUGGCAACUCUGGGAGAUGAAUGAUGUGGUAGGGAGGAAAGGCAACAUCAGGAAAGAGAGUAGGGAAUGCUUUGCCAGCCAUUAAUGCACUCCUCCCUGAACUCAGGAGGUCAUAUACCUGAACCCCUGGACCAGGAGGAAGAAGAAAGCUGGAAGGCAGCCAAGGAAUAUCCGCUGGGGUCCAUUGAAGCCAAAUGUCUUGGUGAGGGCACCCUACCAUGACAGCGCUUCUUCCCCUGGGACUACUGUCUGCUUUCAGAGAAUGAUGGGGAAUGCACAGGCUCCAAGGGUGAUGCAAAGAUCAUCUCCUCCUUGUCUCCGUCUGCUGCAUUGGGGGUGAUCUGUCCCUGAGGUGUUUCCUGGUAGCCCCUCCGCACAAUCAGACCUUGUGGCCAACUAUCUGGGCUCUUGACUCCCACUGUUCCCUACAAGGGACCCUACCAGGGGGAAAUAUUUCUGCAGUCCACCAGCAUCAGGGUGCUUGUCUGAAUGCAGCACUGGUGGGUGCUGAGCAGGCAGACAUCUCCAAGCCCUUCCUGCACUGCUGGCAGAAUUAGGGAUGCUUCUGGGUGUGGAUGUGCUGAAUCCAGGACAGGUGGGAGAGAUGGGUGAAGCUUUUCCAAUACUCAGGGCACCGAUGUAGCUUCUCCCCUGUGUAGAUGCACUGGUGUUCGGCACAGGCUGGAGGAGUAGGUGAAGCUCUUCCUACACUAAGAGCAAUGAUGUGGCUUCUCACCUUUGUGGAUGCAAUGGUGAUGGGCUAGGUGGGACGAUUGGGUGAAGCUCUUCCCACACACAGAGCACUGAUAUGGCUUCUGCACUGUGUGUAUAACCUGGUGUUGAGCCAGGCUGGAGGAUUGGGUGAAGCUCUUCCCACACUCAGAGCAGUGAUGUGGCUUCUCCCCUGUGUGGAUCAGCUGAUGCAAGGCCAGGCUGGAGGAGCGGGUGAACCUCUUCCAACACAUAGAGCAAUGAUAUGGCUUCUCCCCUGUGUGGAAGCGCUGGCGGUUGAUGAGGUAGGAGGAUCGGGUGAAGCUCUUCCCACACUCAGAGCACUGGUACGGUUUCUCUCCUGUGUGGAUGUGCUGGUGCUGGACCAGGGUGAAGUAGUGGGUGAAGGUCUCCCCACAUGCAGAGCACUGGUGUGGCUUCUCCCCGGUGUGGAUAAUCCAGUGUUGGGCCAACUUGGAAGAGGAGAUGAAGCUCUUCCCACACACAAAGCAAUGAUGUGACUUCUCCCAUGUAUGCAUGCACCUGUGCCUGGCCAGGCUGGAGGGCUGCCUGAAGCUCUUCCCACACUUUGUGCAGCAGUGUGGUUGCUGCCUCCUCCGCACACACUGGUGCUGGGACAGGCCUUGCCAGCUGAUGAAGUUCUUCCUGAACUCGGUGCACCAGUACCCCCGGCGUGUCCACUUCUCCCCAUAGCUUUGUGUCAUCUGCAAACUUGGACAGAGUACAUUUCACUUCCUCAUCCAAGUCACUGAUGAAGACAUUAAAGAGUAUCGGUCCAAGGACCGAGCCCUGCGGGACCCCACAGCCCACACCCUUCCAGGUCGAAACCGACCCAUCCACCACAACUCUCUGGGUGCGACCCUCCAGCCAAUUCGCCACCCACCAGACUGUGUAGUCAUCCAAGUCACAGCCUCUUAUCUUGUUCACCAGUAUGGGGUGGGAUACUGUAUCGAAGGCCUUCCUGAAGUCUAAGUAUAUGACAUCAACCCCUACUCCUGCGUCCAGGCGUUUUGUAACCUGGUCAUAAAAAGAGACUAGAUUCGUCAGGCACGAUCUGCCUGCCACGAACCCGUGCUGGUUUCCCCUCAGCAUAAUUUGUCCUGCCGGGCUCUCACAAAUGUGAGCCUUGAUAAUUUUUUCAAAGACUUUACCAAGGAUGGAGGUGAGACUGACUGGCCUAUAGUUGCCUGGGUCCUCCUUCCUCCCCUUCUUGAAAUGGGGACCACAUUGGCCGUUUUCCAGUCCUCUGGGACUUGGCCCAUGCACCACCAGUGUUCAAAUAUUCUCGCCAGUGGCUGUGCAAUGACGUCAGCCAGUGCCUUCAGCACCCUCGGAUGGAGCUCAUCCGGGCCUGCCGACUUAAAGGCAUCCAGUUCUUCCAAGUGACUCUGCACCAUCUCAGGGUCUACGCAUGGAAGUCUGGCGCCUUGCUGCUGCCUCUCCACAACCCCAGUAAGAGACUUGUCAUGCCCCUCACUUAGGAACACUGAGGCAAAGAACUCGUUGAGGAGUUCAGCCUUGUCCCCCCUGUCCAUCACCAAUUGUUUCUGCCCAUUUAGCAGGGGUCCUAUUCCUCCCUGGGCCUUCCUUUUACUCCCUAUAUAUCUAAAAAACAAUUUCUUGUUGUCUUUUACUUGGGUUGCCAUCUUCAGCUCCAUGGUAGCUUUGGCCCGCCUAACUGCCUCCCUACAAGCGAGAGCAGAGGAGGUAUAUUCAUCUUUAGUAAUCUCACCCUGUUUCCACUUUUUAUGUGCUCCCCUUUUGGCCCUUAGGCUGCCCUGGAUUUCUCUGGUCAGCCAGGGAAGACUCCUGGCCCCUUUCCCUCUUUUGCCUCGCUCGGGGAUCGUCUUGCUUUGUGCCCGAAGGAUCGUUUCCUUAAGGCACAGCCCUUAAGGCUCCCAUCCCUUCAAAACUCCUACUCUGCAGUGCGUCCUUGACUAAUCGCCUGAGUUCGUUGAGAUCAGCUUUCCUAAAGUCUAGCACUUUCACCCUACUAAUUACCUUACCCACUCGACGUCUUAUGGUGAAUAUACAAAAGCAGCAGAAGUCCAAGCCAGGAGAGCCAGUAAUAAACUGGCUAGUUCAAAUGUAUAGUGAAGAAGCAUUUGCAAUUUCAGUAAAUAGAGCUGAAGCUGCAAAAAUGGUUCUGUGCCCUGAGCUCCAGUUAAAUCAGUUUGCAAAAAGUAAUGAAAAUGCUAAUUUGUUUUCUGCUGUGCUCCAAGCCACUGCAGCCAGUUAUGGUAAUAUGGAAGAAGAGCUUAACCCUGUCUCUCAGGUAUGGGCCAAUUUAGAGGCCAAAAGGGCAAGACCAGAAGCAAAGCCUUAUGUGCCACCAACAGUGUCCCCGGAGAGAUUCUCUGCCCUGAGAGCAAAACUGUCAACUUUUCCCAGGCACAUGCACGGCCGCCAGCUUUUUACCCUGCCUGGUUGCAUGACCUAAUGAGUGCGGCCAGCCCAACCCCCAAAGAAAGGAGUCACAAUGGGGGUAGUAGCAAACCAAAGACCGGUAUCUAAAGUUAAUAUUAGCCCCUUAAUUUGGAUACCUGUACAAAUUCAAUUAAGUAAAAGUAAAAAGUCAAUUGAUACAUUAUUAAGCACUUUACCUGAUAUUAAAUCAUCAAGGGGCCAUGUCACUCCUUGGGGGUCUUUGGCAAAAAGACUACUGAGAGUUUCCACACUUUGAAUUUCAGGGCGUGGAACAACACCUGUCUGCACACAUGACAGCAUAAGCUAUUUGAGAUCAACACCCUGAAAUGGCAGCACAGGGCAGGUCUGCAGUUUCCAGCCUCCCUUUCACCCUGGGCAUGGAGCAUGUGAGAGGGGAGUCGGGUGGAGGGGACAGCCACGACUCACCUGGCAGCAUGUCCUCCGACCUCGAGAUUGCCCCACGGUCCUCAUCACCACAAACCCAGAGCUCCACCUGUCCUCCUUGGAUGCAGCAGACCAAGUCAGGUUGGGGACCUUGAUACCCUGUUUGGGCAGUGGUUAGAGAGAGUUUAUCUACUGGUACUGGAUGCAAAAUAAGCAAAUGAAAUUUGAUGAAUGGAGCCAAUGAACUCAAGGAUUAGACUAAGGACUUGAAGGACAAGGGAAGAUGGACAUUUAGGAUGAAAGGGAAGGCAUAGCAGGGGGAAGAGGAUGGCACUUUUCAUCCAGGUACUGGACGUAUAGUCAUAGGAAAGCAAACAUCAGUGCAAUUCCAGGCAAAUGAGUGGAAAUCAGUUUGGACAGGACACACUAGGCAAGAGAGGGAGAAAAUCAGAAUAACUGCAUAAGGAACAGCUGUUAGUGCAUUUUAAGGCACAAUAAAUGGCAAAUGAUAUGAUCAUGGUGAGAAGGCAAAGGGAAAUCCUGUUAUCAAGAAGGAAGACUCCAGGGAAGGCGGCUGGAUCAAAUGGAGGAGGAAUAUAUACAAGUAUGAGGUGUGAGAGGUCUGAUCAUGGACAGAGCAGUGGGGAGCAAAGGGAUUUAAGCCACCAGCCAAAUGUUCAGUUUCAUAGUUGGUCGGGUUGGCAGAGACCUGAGUAGAUCAUCAAGUCAGACCCCCUGCCAUGGCAGGAAUGAAUGCUGGGGUCAAACGAAAGUUAAUAUUAGCCGCUUAAUUCGGAUACCUGUACAAAUUCAAUUAAGUAAAAAGUCAAUUGAUACGCUAUUAGACACGGGUGCCCAGAUUUGCAUUUUAGAUUCUGCAGAUUAGAAAGGGGAGAAAGGAACCCCUUAUCAAGUAAAUGGAGUUGGAGGCACCAGACGACCAGGACAUCUAGUCCGAGCAACCUUCACAUCACCUAAUGGCUCUAAAGUAACAGUGGCCACAGUAAUACUUAACUGAGGUAAAGGGGAACUGAGCUUACUGGGAUUUAAUGUACUAAGAGGACAGCGGUUUGCCCUUGAACAAGAGAAUUGUUAGUUUGAGUGCACAGUGCCUCACCAAGAACCAGAAGAAAUGGCUAUAACAGCUUUAACUCGAUGUAAAUGAUCCCACUAACCCUGUCUCCCAUAAAAAGAGUACACAGACCUCAAUACCGAACUCCCCCCAAAGCCACCCAACCUAUCCAGUGUAUCAUAAGUCAGCAGUUAAAAGAUGAGACUACUAUUCGAACCCACUCUCUGUAUAACAAUCCAGAGUGGCCAGUGAACAAGCUGAAUGGAGGGUGGCGGUUGACUGUUGACUUUCAAGCUUUAAAUACUAAUACUGACCCCUUGAUGGCUGCCAUCCCAUCACUACCAGCCUUGACAGAAAGCAUCCAGUGUUAUAAGCCUGCAUGAAUAGAAUCCAUUAAUAUGAAAGACAUGUCAUGACCCUAUGUGUUUGUAGCUGUAAAAGUUGCCACAAGGAUAAUGUUCGCCCGCGCCUCAGUGAGAGCUACAGCCCAGGACACUUGUGCAGCACUGGAAACUCUGCUAGCUGUGUAUCACCACCCAAAGAACUACAGAGCGAUAAUGGCCCUCACUUCCGCAACCAUCUUGUGUAUAACUGGACUGCAAAACAUAGCACAUUAUGGACAUAUCACAUCCCAUCCCAUCCGCCGUUUAACGAAUUAGUAGAAUAAGCCAAUGGCAUCCUCAAAUGCAAUUUGCGGGUAGCUGCUGGCCCGGCUCUUAAAGACUGAAACUUGCACCUGGAUCAAGCUAUCAAUUGAGCCAAUAACCGACCUGUCUGGGAGGUAGCCCCAUGGAACAGACCUUUAGAUUGGGUGGUCCCCGCAAGCCGGCAGUAGAGCAACCUAGAGGUAGUAACCCAUAAAAAAACUCCAGGCAGGAGAUCAGGUAGUAGUAAAGCAUCCUCAAGGAAAUAAAUGGGAGGGGACACUACUAGCAAAAGGCAUGCAUAAUACAUGGUGAGUAUUUAAGUCAAAUUUAUCCAACAGGAGCCAAGCUCCUUGUUGUCUUGUUCCCACAGAUUGGAUCUGUCCACAAGUGCAGCCAUAACCAUUUCUAAUUGAGCCUGCCACUAAAAAUGAGUCCUGCUCUGUCACCAGUCUGAACUGACUGGCACCAUGAAGGGGUGGACUGUUAUGAAUGUACUCUUUUUAUUAACAGCUUGUUGUGUUUCCUGGGUAGGGCAUGUCUACUAUCCUUCUUAUUACCCAGAUAUUAAUGAACUUGCUCCUGAAGACCUCAAAGGAGUGGCCUGACCCCGAAGAGCAACGCCCGGAAACACAUUCAGAUGGCCUUCAGGUGGUCCAGCUGCAAUAUCCAUACUGAAAGAAACCCACCUGAGGGAAACCCUGUUGCCCUCAACGCCCCUGAGUUUGUGUCCCCAAUAAUGCAUUCUGUACCUGUUCAGCCUCUCGAGCCACUGCGUUUAUGGGAGAAUCUGCCCCCUCCCAUUCCUAUGGUGAGAACACUCUCCAGCGAUGUUGUGAGGCCCACCAGGUAAGAGAGUGCAUUACAGGUUAGAACAAAGUUAUUACAUAGUUUGUAAAUCAUACCUAUACAGAGGCGUAAUAAAAUAGUAACCACUUUAAUACAACCAGAAAGAA